CACAAAAGCAGUACACACAAAGCCAUAAAAGGAAAAAUCUCCAUAAAGAUUCAAUUAGUGCUCAUUCAAUUCUCUGUCCUUGCCGCCUGUACCGUCGGCCUACCACUCUCUCUCUCUCUCUCUGUAAGUAAUCUUACAUCUCAAAAUCGUCCGAUUAGGAGGGGAAGAGACUAGAGAGAGAGAGAUCUGGUGGUUUUUUUGUUGUUUACAGAGUAGAAGACAUCGUUGAAGCUAUUGGAAAUGGAGUUCAAAGACUACAUGCCAGCAGAGGAUGAGGAGAUGGUACGUGAAAAUGGAGAGGAACUCAGUGAGAUUGAGCAAAGCAAAGUGGGUAUCAUGAGAGCUAUUGUUGAAAGAGAAGAUCCUUCUGCCAAGGAAAUGGAUGAUUUGAUGAUCAGGAGAUUUCUGCGUGCCCGAGAACUAGAUAUUGAGAAGGCUUCUGCCCUAUUCCUGAAAUACUUGAGCUGGAAGCGUGAAUUUCUACCUAAAGGCUUCAUACCUGAGUCAGAUAUUCCUAAUGAUCUUGCACAGAAUAAGUUGUUUAUGCAAGGUUUUGACAAGCAGGGACGCCCCAUUGUAGUUGGCUUUGGUGGCAGGCAUAGACCCAGCAAAACUACCGUAGAGGAGACGAAACGCUUUGUAGUAUACGUUCUUGAGAAAAUAUGUGCCAGAAUGCCAAGUGGCCCAAGUACACAGGAAAAGUUUCUGGCAAUUGUAGAUCUCGAAGGAUGGGGAUACACUAGUAGCGAUGUCCGUGCGUACCUGGCAGCUCUAUCAAUCUUGCAGGAUUGCUACCCCGAAAGGUUGGGGAAGUUAUUAAUAGUCCAUGUGCCUUCCAUGUUCAUGACUGCAUGGAAGUGUGUAUAUCCGUUUAUUGACAGCAAGACCAAAAAGAAGAUAGUUUUUGUUGAGAACAAGAAGUUAAGUUCCACACUGCUUGGUGACAUUGAUGAGAGCCAACUUCCUGAUAUCUAUGGGGGCAAACUACCAUUAGUUCCUAUUCAAGAUAGCUAAUGGGUUGAUUCCACGCAGCGCAAAGCAAUCCUUUCUGCUAUACCAUGUUCAGUCUUCUGUGCAGGAACCUAUUCCUUCAGUCUUCAGACUAUUGAUAUAGAUUAUUGAUAUCCCUGAUAUAGAUUAUUGAUGUAAGGGACCGUAAUUAUAUUGAACGAACGAUUCUCUCUAUGAAGACUUUAAGAUCAUUGUAAUAAAGCUCUAAGUUUAAGCUCC